CAAGGAUAUAUUCCAAGCAACUAUGUAACAGGAAAGAAGUCCAACAACCUUGACCAGUAUGAGUGGUACAGCAGAAACCUGAACAGAAGCAAGGCAGAGCAGCUCCUCAGAAACGAGGAUAAAGAAGGUGGUUUUGUGGUGAGAGACUCAAGUCAGCCUGGCCUGUAUACAGUUUCCCUUUACACAAAAUUUGGAGGAGAAGGUUCAUCAGGAAUAAGACACUACCAUAUAAAAGAAACAGUGACGUCACCAAAGCAGUACUACCUUGCGGAAAAACAUCUCUUUAACUCCAUUCCAGAAAUAAUUGAGUAUCAUAAACAUAAUGCAGCAGGUCUUGUUACCAGGCUGCGUUACCCAGUGACCCCAAAGAAGACAACAGCACCAACAACAGCAGGAUUCAGCUAUGAGAAAUGGGAAAUUAAUCCCUCGGAACUGACAUUCAUGAGAGAACUGGGGAGCGGUCUCUUUGGCGUAGUGCGCCUUGGGAAAUGGAGGGCACAGUAUAAAGUGGCCAUCAAGGCAAUUCGUGAAGGUGCGAUGUAUGAAGAGGAUUUCAUUGAAGAAGCUAAAGUAAUGAUGAAGCUAACACAUCCUAAAUUAGUGCAGCUGUAUGGUGUGUGCACACAACAGAGACCUAUUUACAUCGUGACAGAGUUCAUGGAGCAUGGCUGCCUUCUCAAUUACCUGAGGCAAAAACGUGGAGUUUUGAGUAAAGACGUCCUUCUCACUAUGUGCCAAGAUGUAUGCGAGGGAAUGGAGUACCUGGAGAGAAACAGCUUUAUCCACAGAGACCUGGCUGCCAGGAACUGCUUGGUGAGUGACUCGGGAGUGGUCAAAGUGUCGGAUUUUGGAAUGACAAGGUAUGUCCUUGAUGAUCAGUACACAAGCUCCUCAGGGGCUAAAUUUCCUGUGAAAUGGUGCCCCCCAGAAGUUUUUAAUUAUAGCAGAUUCAGCAGCAAGUCAGAUGUCUGGUCAUUCGGUGUUUUAAUGUGGGAAGUAUUUACAGAGGGAAAAAUGCCCUUUGAAAAAAGCUCCAACUAUGAAGUGGUAACAAUGGUUAGCCAAGGACAUCGUUUGUAUCGGCCCAAACUAGCCUGUAAGCAGGUGUAUGAAAUGAUGAUGAUGUGCUGGCAGGAGAAACCAGAGGGACGCCCAAAUUUUGAAGACUUGCUUCGCACAAUAAUUGACAUUGCAGAGGGUGAAGAUGCUUUCUGAAAAAAGACAACAGCAGCACAAGUACAGGAAAGAACCCACUUUCCAGAGAUGUGGCUUCACCACUUCUUUUUAAAGGCUUGAUCCUGUAAGCUGCUGGAUGCUGCUGCAUGGUGUGGGGAACC